GUUUUAGCUUCGAAGAUAAACUAAGAACAAUGGAGAGAGCGGUUCUUGUCCGCUCCUUAUCGUGUUCUUCAGCUUCCGUCAACAGAUUAUUCUUCCGUUCCUAUCACAGAUUAUCAAGGUCUACUCCUAGUUCUCCCUUCCCUCCACACCACAAGCGUCUCCUCCCAAAUGUUAGCAGACGCUCUGCUCUCCGUCACCAUUGGAGACGGAUUUCUCCCUCUCCCUCUCCCUCUCCUUUCUAUCUCAAACGAUAUUUUUCAUCUCUUUCCCCUAGAGCUGUCAGUACUCCCAGUCACGCCUCUCCACCAGAGAUUGGUGGAAGCCAAGACGAAGUUGCGGAGAAGCUUGGGUUCGCGAAAAUUUCCGAACAAAUGAUUGAAGAGUGUAAAUCAAAAGCUGUCCUGUACAAGCAUAAGAAAACUGGAGCAGAAGUAAUGUCUGUUUCCAACGAUGACGAGAAUAAAGUUUUUGGUAUUGUUUUCCGCACUCCACCGAAAGAUUCAAUGGGGAUUCCUCACAUAUUGGAACACAGUGUACUGUGUGGAUCAAGGAAGUAUCCCUUGAAAGAACCAUUUGUUGAAUUGUUAAAAGGGAGUUUACACACUUUUCUAAAUGCAUUCACCUAUCCUGACAGAACCUGCUAUCCUGUUGCUUCAACAAAUACAAAGGAUUUCUACAAUUUGGUUGACGUAUACCUGGAUGCAGUCCUCUUUCCUAAAUGUGUGGAGGACCUUCAGACAUUUCAACAGGAGGGUUGGCAUUAUGAGCUUGACAAUCCUUCAGAAGAUAUAUCCUUUAAAGGUGUCGUUUUUAAUGAGAUGAAAGGGGUAUACUCCCAGCCUGAUAAUAUAUUAGGCCGAAUGGCUCAACAGGCUAUGUUUCCUGACAAUACUUAUGGCGUAGAUAGUGGAGGUGAUCCUAGAGUUAUUCCUCAGCUUACAUUUGAGGAAUUCAAGGAUUUUCACCGUAAAUAUUACCAUCCUAGCAAUGCCAGGAUAUGGUUCUAUGGAGAUGAUGAUCCGAAUGAGCGCCUACGCAUCUUAAGCGAAUAUCUAGAUUCGUUUGAUGCGAACCUAGCUUCGGAAGCAUCGAAGGUUGAAUCGCAGAAACUCUUCUCAGAACCAGUUAGGAUUGUUGAGAAAUAUCCAGCAGGUGAAGGUAGUGAUUUGAAGAAGAAACACAUGGUAUGCCUAAACUGGCUGCUAUCUGAUAAGCCCUUGGGCUUGGAAACUGAGCUCGCCCUUGGAUUCUUGGAUCAUCUUAUGUUGGGAACUCCUGCGGCUCCUUUGAGAAGAAUUCUACUUGAAAGUGGCUUGGGAGAUGCCAUUGUUGGUGGAGGGGUUGAAGAUGAGCUCCUCCAGCCCCAAUUUAGUAUUGGUUUGAAAGGUGUUUCUGAAGAGGACAUUCAAAAGGUAGAAGAACUGGUAAUGAAUACUCUUAAAAAGUUGGCAGAUGAAGGUUUUGAUCCAGAAGCUGUGGAGGCAUCCAUGAAUACAAUUGAGUUCUCUCUCAGGGAGAACAACACUGGUUCUUUUCCUCGAGGGUUGUCUUUGAUGCUUCGUUCUUUAGGGAAGUGGAUAUAUGAUAUGGAUCCCUUUGAGCCUUUAAAAUAUGAGAAGCCCCUACAGUCUUUAAAAGCAAAGCUUGCUGAAGUAGGGUCCAAGGCUGUUUUCUCUCCAUUAAUAGAGAAAUUUAUCUUGAACAACCCUCAUCGUGUUACUGUAGAAAUGCAGCCUGAUCCAGAGAAGGCUUCUCGUGAUGAAGCAGCUGAGAGAGAAAUCCUAGAGAAAGUUAAAGCAAGUAUGACAGAGGAAGAUCUUGCUGAGCUAGCACGUGCAACCCAUGAACUUCGACUGAAACAGGAAACUCCGGACCCACCAGAGGUUUUAAGAAGUGUUCCUUGCCUCUCUCUUCAUGAUAUCCCUAAAAAACCUAUACAUGUACCUACAGAGAUUGGGGAGAUUGGUGGAGUAAAAGUUUUACAGCAUGACCUUUUCACAAAUGAUGUUCUUUACACAGAAGUUGUCUUCAAUAUGAGUUCAUUGAAGCAAGAGCUGCUUCCAUUGGUACCAUUAUUUUGCCAGUCAUUGCUGGAGAUGGGUACAAAAGAUAUGGACUUUGUGCAACUUAAUCAGUUAAUUGGAAGGAAGACAGGAGGAAUAUCAGUUUAUCCCCUUACAUCUUCUAAGCGGGGCAGUGAGGAUCCAUGUAGCCAUAUAAUUGUUCGUGGCAAAGCCAUGGCAGGACGGGCUGAGGACCUAUUUAACCUGGUUAACUGCAUUCUUCAAGAUGUUCAGUUCACUGACCAGCAGCGUUUUAAGCAAUUUGUUUGCCAAAGCAAAGCUAGAAUGGAGAAUCGGUUAAGAGGCAGUGGUCAUGGAAUAGCUGCUGCAAGAAUGGAUGCAAAGUUAAAUGUAGCAGGAUGGGUUGCUGAACAAAUGGGUGGCAUUAGUUACUUGGAAUUUCUACGGACCCUUGAAGAAAAAGUUGAUCAGGACUGGAAUGGAAUUUCAUCGUCUCUUGAGGAGAUACGCAUAUCCUUGCUUUCAAGGCAGGAUUGCCUGGUUAAUAUGACUGGAGAUGGGAAAAUUCUGACAAACUCGGAGAAAUUUUUGAGUAAAUUUGUUGAUUUGCUUCCAGUCAAGCAACCAAGCAAAACUAAUUCUUGGGAUGCUCGACUUUCUCCAGUAAAUGAAGCAAUUGUAGUUCCUACUCAGGUUAACUACGUUGGGAAAGCGGCAAAUAUAUAUGAGACAGGUUAUCAGCUCAGUGGUAGUGCAUAUGUCAUUUCCAAAUACAUUGGCAAUACAUGGUUGUGGGACCGUGUCCGGGUUAGUGGUGGUGCAUAUGGAGGGUUCUGCGAUUUUGACACUCACUCAGGGGUGUUCUCAUACCUUUCUUAUCGUGAUCCCAAUUUAUUAAAAACACUUGGUGUAUAUGAUGGAACUGUUGACUUCCUACGAGAGUUAGAGAUGGAUGAUGAUACUCUUACAAAAGCAAUUAUUGGAACCAUCGGGGAUGUGGAUUCUUAUCAGCUUCCUGAUGCCAAAGGUUAUAGCAGUUUGUUGCGCUACUUAUUGGGUGUCACAGAAGAAGAAAGGCAGCAAAGACGUGAAGAGAUACUAUCAACAAGUUUGAAGGACUUCAAGGAUUUUGCUGAUGCUAUAGAAGCUGUAAAAGAGAAAGGUGUUGUGGUGGCAGUGGCAUCCCCAGAUGAUGUUGCUGCAGCAAAUGAAGAGCGAAAUAAUUUCUUUGAGGUGAAGAAAGCUCUGUAAAGCAAUACCCACUGCACAUGCAUGCCUAGCUCAUGAAGCUGUGUGAGCAACCACAUCUGAUACAUAUUCUUUAUAAUUGAUUUACACAUCCCUUGUCUUAUGCAUAAUGUUUUGCUAGUAUUGUUUAGUUACAUUUUAGCGAGGCCCCCCCUUCCCCUCCGCCACUAUUAGAGGACUGAUUUCCUUGUUGUCAAAGUGAUAUAAGCAACCUAGAAGUGAAAUCUCUACACCCAUUGCACAAGGU